AUGUCUGCAUUUCCGUAUUUCGGAUUCCGUGCGAACGUUGUGCCUGGUCCUUCCAGGGCAGAGGUGUUAGAGGAAGAGGAGGGUGUGGAGGAGGAUGUGGGGGUUUUGGAGGUGUUGAGCUCCGGGGGCUCCGUGGCGGAGGGGUUGAUUGGAGAGGAGUUGACGGGAGAGGAGCUGGCUGGAGAGCCAAUGGAGGAGGUUGUGAAGGCGCCGGUGGCCGCAGUGCCAUUGGCGUCUGUGGAGCAGGGGGAGCGGGUGCCCCGGACGGUGGAGGAGUGGGGGGAGAAGAUGGGGGGGAAUGCCUUCGUUAACCGGAUGUGCCGGAGAAUGGGUAGGUUGAUGGGGGAGGGGAGGAGUGAGGAGGCAAAUGUUCUGUGGGAUAGGCAUUUGCCUAUACCUCUGCGCCCAAAAUGGGUGCCGGUAAUUUACGAAUACCGGAAGGAGUAUUGGGUGAGAUUUGCGCUUCUAGCGUUUUUCAACUUGAGAUUCGCGCUUUUGGCGUUUGGGAGUUUUCUGUGCUUGUCGCGCUUUUUGUCGAUAUCCCAUUAA